AUGGCGACCCCCCAUGCUAUCAUGUGCGAGAGUUUCUUCAACCUCGACAAAGAGAUCAUCGUCUAUUUGAAUGGCUGCCAUGACUCGGAUCUACUUUCUAUGGAGAAGCUACAUGAGAAGCUCGAAAUCUUUGAGGGAAUGCGAUUGCAUAUAAUCACCUGUCUUCUUCUCUACCUGCGAACGGGAGCAACUGUACACGCGGAGAAAGCUCUUCACCGGGCAAGACGUUUGAAUACCAUGGCUGGACCGGGAGACAAGGAUGAAGCAGGCAAAAUUCUGGAAACAGCCGUCAUAAUGAAGGACAACGGCAGAAACUUGGUGCAAAGUCUUACCUUGAACGAAAUCAGGAGACAACUCAAAACUCGUCUUGAAGAGAGUGGACUGCUCACCGCGCCCGCGCCUGGAGUGUAUGCGGUGUGCCAAUGCUUCCAGCCGACGCCUCAAGAUGACUCUACAUGGGUUCCAUCGUUGCUUGGCUUGGCUGGAGUAUUCAAGAAGCGCUUUGAACAGUCUACACCGAGAGACAUACGAGACCUGAACCUGGCAAUAAACUUGGCCCUCGUAGGAUUGCGGGCAACACCUGAAAACGACGGCCUCUACCGAUCGAAGCGGCUCCAAUCACUAUCAGAGCUGCUUUUCGCACGUUUUCGACACACCAGGUCGAUGGACGACUUGGAUCGCACCAUUCAACUCCGAGAGCAGGCGUUGGUCCUUACAUCCUCAACCGACACGGACUGGGUUGUCCAAGCACACAACCUCGGGAACUGCUAUGGCGAGCGCUUCGACAUGAACGGACAUAUUGACGACUUGAAUCGAAGCAUUAUGCUUCUUGAGGCGGCGGCUCGGCGUCAAGAUAUGCAGCUUGAAGGCGACACUCUAUGCAGCCUGGCCUUUAGACUAGUGGGACGAUCUGACCGGACGGGGUCUAUGGACGAUUUGAACAGUGCGGUCGCUGCUGGCGAGAGAUCAACGAAUCUGAGUGUGCAAGGUCAUGACCGGACCGAGCGAAUAACAUGUCUCGCAGCUUGUCUAUCCAGGCGGUUCGAACGAGCAGGAUCGAUGAAAGACCUCGACCGUGCCGUGCAACUCUUGCGCAACGCGGUCAGCCUGAUGCCUACGGACUACCCACAUCGUGGCCAGACACUCAAUAACCUUGGGGCAACGCUAGGCCUCAAGCAUGGAAUGACAAAAUCAGCGGCAGAUCUGGACGACGCCAUCGAAGCCACCGGUAAAGCACUAGAAGCUCUUCCAUCAGAUCAUCCCCUUCGAGUUCUAGCCUUGAUGAAAUCUUCAUAUCACGCUUGGACUAGCAGAGAGCGGCCUUCUAUGCUACGUACAGCCGUGGAGCUUCUUCCUCUUCUUAGCCCCAAGUCUUUACAGCAUCUAGACAAGCAACACGAGCUCAAGCACUUCCAGGGCCUCUCGUCAAGGGCCGCUUCAGCCGCCCUCAAUGCCAAUCUCGGUCCAGUUCACGCGCUGCAGCUUCUUGAAUCUGGGCGUGACAUAAUUUCGACCAUGACGAUGGAGGUUCGGACCGACGUCUCGCUUCUUGAACAACAGCACCCAGACCUCGCGAAAGAAUUCUGCCGUCUGCGGGACGUGUUUGACACACCAGACGGCAUGGCUGGAGUUUCUGGCACUUGGAGCAACAGAAACCAGGGAAACCUCGGAUCAGCAAGUCGUAUGAAGGCAGAUCGAGGUCUUCAGGACGUUCUUCGCAAGAUACGUCUUUGCCAAGGGUUCGAACGCUUCCCUCUGCCGCCGACUGAGGACGAAAUCAAGGCUGCCGCAAAUCCCGAUCCCAUAGUUGUGAUAAAUGCCACCGCACAUCGCUCCGACGCGAUCCUCAUCACAAAAAAUCACAUCCGUUUGCUGGAGCUGCCAGACCUGAAAGCUAUAGAGAUUCUUACCCUAUUCUUAGAAACUCGACAACCUGAUACCCGAGAGUACCGCUCUCCAGUUACAAAUGACAACUGGCCAGUCAUGUCCUCGUACGCGACUUCCGUCAAGCAGCUGAUACGCGGACUCGGAUCCCAGAACCGGCAAUCUGCUGGUCCUCCGUCGAACAAGGCUCUCGUGAUCGGCAUGAGUGACACCCCGGGCUUCGGCCAAAGCGGAAGCCUCCCCUUUGCUGCGACUGAGGUUGCCAUGGUGGAGAGGGUCUGCUCGCCGUUGAAAAUGCACCAGUUGACCUUUCCAGGCCAGAGCUUCGCAGAGCCAGCGUGCUAG